AUGGUUUCAGCCGCUGGAGGUAUCGUCAUCGCCAUCCUGGUCCUCGCCAUCGUUGGCGGCGCUGGCUGGAUCAUCUUCACCCAACUGCGUGCCCGGAGACUAGGUCUUCCACCCCCAUCCCUCUCCUCCUACAUACCUUUCCGAAAAUCCGAUCCACCGCCGUCAUACGGACCCCCGCGCCCCGCGCCGAGUGGCAUCGCCGGCUGGUUCAACGACAAGAUCACUUCCUUCAAGAAUCGCAACAACCGCUCUGCCGCCGGAGCCUACGAGCAGCCCUCCGGCGGCGCUGGCGCGCCUCGCCGGGGCUUCGGACCGCUUGACCCGGAUGAGGCGUGGGAUGCGCGCGUGGGCCACGAGGCUGAGACCUACGGCCCUUACGGAAACUACGAGGAGCAGGAGCUGGGAUACCGUGGCGGCAGCAACAACGACAACAGCUACAGCAUGAACCUCGCCGCCACUCCUAACCCGCACGACGAGCCGGCGCGGGGCCGCAGCCUCAGCCGGGAUGACGACGGCGGUCUAGGUGUCCACAAGGCCGGCGGCAGGAAUCCGUUCGAAGACGAUGCCGAGCCGAGUAACAUCAGCUUACGCGGCGUCAGCCCCAGGCCGAUCGUCGACACGGGUGCGCCGCAGCAACAGCAGCAGCAGCAGCAGCAGCAACAACAACAGCAAAAGGACAGCGGCGAGAGUCCGACAGAACGGAGGUCGAUCUUCCGGGAGAACGUAUGA